GGCGCCUCCAGUCUGCUCGGCGCCGCGGAGGGCGGGGCCUGGAACCUGCGCGGGCCGGGAGCUGAGGCCGAGCCCCUGCAGGUGAUUCCUGACUGCAAGAUAAGGUCUCUUAUGACUUCUGUCUUCCAAUUUUCCUUGUUCUGACUUCAUAGUUUCUAUACUUUCCAAUAGCAGCAGAAAAUGAACAAGUUCCGGAGAUGCUGGCUCUGAGCUGCUUUCUGCUCUACAUUUUUGCCCUGGCUAUGAAAUUGGAAAAUGCCCUGAAAAUGCUAACCAGAGGGACCAGUAACAUUCAAGGAUGUUACUGUGGAAUUCACUCAGGAGGAGUGGCAGUUGCUGGAUGCUGCUCAGAGGACCCUGUAUAGGGAAGUGAUGCAGGAGAACUAUCGUCACCUCAUCUCAGUGGGGUAUUGUGUGAAUAAGCCAAAUGCAGUCUUCAAGUUGAAGCAAGGAAAACAGCCAUGGAUAUUAGAAGUAGAAUUUCCACGUCGGAACUACCCUGAAGACCUAUGGAAUACUCAUGACCAAGGAGCAAGAUACCAGGAAAGCCAAGCUAAAAAUUCAAGGAAUGGAGAACUCACAAAACAUCAGAAAACUCAUAACAAUGAGAAAGCCUAUAAAUGCAAUGAAUGUGGAAAGUCCUUCUGCCAGAAGUCUGUCCUCAUAACACAUGAGCAUACUCAUUCAAAGGACAAACCCAGUGAAUGUGGGAAAUCUGUCUCUCGGAAUGGAGACCUCACAAGACAACAGAAAACUCCUACCAGAGAGAAGACCUAUGAAUGUAAAGAAUGUAAGAAAACUUUCUACCACCUGUCAUCUCUCAGUAGACAUUUGAGAACUCAUGCAGGAGAGAAACCUUACGAAUGUAAUCAGUGUGAGAAAUCCUUCUACCAGAAGCCACACCUCAUGGAACAUCAGAAAACACACACAGGAGAGAAACCCUAUGAAUGUACUGAAUGUGGGAAGUUCUUCUAUGUUAAGGCAUACCUCAUGGUACACCAGAAAACACACACAGGGGAGAAACCAUAUGAAUGUAAUGAAUGUAGGAAAUCCUUUUCCCAGAAAUCACACCUCACAGUACAUCAGAGAACACAUACAGGGGAGAAACCCUAUAAAUGUAAGGAAUGUGGGAAAUUCUUCUCUAGAAAUUCACACCUCAAAACUCAUCAGAGAACUCACACGGGAGAGAAACCCUAUGAAUGUAGGGAAUGUGGGAAAUGCUUCUACCAGAAGUCAGCCCUAACAGUUCAUCAGCGAACUCACACAGGGGAGAAACCCUUUGAAUGUAAUAAAUGUGGAAAAAACUUUUACUAUAAGUCAGACCUCACUAAACAUCAGAGAAAACACACAGGGGAGAAGCCCUAUGAAUGUAAUGAAUGUGGUAAAUCUUUCUCUGUGAAUUCAGUCCUCAGAUUACAUCAAAGGACUCACACAGGAGAGAAACCCUAUGAAUGUAAAGAAUGUGGGAAAUCCUUCUCUCAAAAAUCACAUUUUGUCAUACAUCAGAGAAAACACACAGGAGAGAAACCCUAUGAAUGUCAGGAGUGUAAGGAAACUUUUUUCCAGAAAUCAAAACUCACUGCACAUCAGAAGACACAUACAAAGGGAAAAGCUUAUAAAGAGUAUAAAUUGGGAAGUUCUUCUGUCUGAAUUUAUCUUUCAGAAUAAUCAGAUAAUUUACAUGAGACAAAAACCUUAUGAAAUAUCAGUAUGGGAAAAUUUCAGCCACAGUCUUUCAUCAUGGAGAGAAAGUCUGUAAAUCUUUUAGGGAGAAAUUUUUACCAUAUGUCAGACUUUUACUAAGUAUCAGACAACAUAGAUGGUAGAAACACUAAAAAUUGUAAAACAUGAGGGAAACCUCUCAGAAAUCAUACUUUAUUGUACAGCAUAGAAACCAUACGAAAAAUCCUGUAAGUAAAUGAAUUUAAGGAAAUUUCUGUCAGGGUAGCCCAUCAUUUAGACAUCCAAAAGCUCACAUGAGUGAGAGAUUCCUAUCAGUAUCCUGACCAUUCAGAAAUCUUUUUAUAUCAGUUGGACUCAGAAUACUCUAAAAGGGGAUAAUCACACAGACUGAAACACAUAUGGAAGGCUUUAUCAAGAAGUGAUGUUUUGGUGAAUGUCAGAUCAGUGAUAAAGUAUAGAACCUUUAUAAGUAUUUUAAAUAUGUGAAAGCUUUUUAACAAAAAUUCUAAGAGAAUCUGUACUGAGGGUAACACUUAUACUAGAAGUCAUGUUGCAGAAAUCUGAUUACAAGUUUGUUUUUCUUUUAAAGAAACCUGCAAAUAUCUAGAUAUAUGGAGAUUUUUUUAAAAGCACAAAUAAACUGAAUAACCAGGUGACAUCAUUAAACACAUGUGAAGAGUCCUUUAGUAUGUAGGACUUACAUGUGAAUGUCAAGUGUGCUACAGAACACAGAUUGUGGAUGUUUGAUGUGCAUGUGGACCCAUCCAUAACUGUACAUAGGGAAAUAUGUAGCCUUAUUUAGUUCAGUAACUUUUAUGUAUAUGAAGAUAUCUCAUUAAAUCUCAGCAGUUACUCCUGUUAAUAGAAUGUGUAUUUAAGUGUAAUACUCUUUUAAAAUUAUAAUGUAUCUUUUCCUCCUAUUUCUGAAUGGAUAUGGAUUUUACUGAACUAAUCCUUCAGAAAGAAGCUAAAAGUGUUUGUAAAAUUUUCAACUCUCUCAUGGUCAGCCAAAUUUUACAUUAGGGAUACAUUUAUUUAUAGGAAAAACCUAAGUUCAUUUUAAAAAACAGCUGAAAACACCCUACACAAUAAAAAAAAUAAUGCUAUGUAAAGAAACGUCUGUCUUAAUGUUGUUUUAGCAGAUUGCAGAGCUAUCUGAAUUUGUAUUUUGUAUUAGAGUCCUAAACGUUCUUCACUACCUUUUUCUUCCUGGUAGAAGCAAUGUGACAUAGAGGUUAAGAGUGUGGACUCUGGACUCCUACUACCCAGGCUCAGUUUCCAGCAUGAAGCAUGCACUUAUAACCUCUCUGUGCCUCAGUUUCCUUUUCUAUAAAAAAGAAGUGAUAAUAACAAUAUGUUAUGAUUGCUGUGAGGUGUAAAUGAGUUAAUAUUUUUAAAGCACUUAGAAUAGUGUCUGAGACACAGGAAGAGCUAUAUGUUAGAUACUAUUAUCAUUAUAAUUUGUAGCUCUUGAAUUAUGUUGCAAAAUAAAUAAAGGUUGACUACCAGCAUUCAUCCCUCACUUUACUGCUGUAGUGCCUUAGUUUGGUUUGGUUGUACAUUUUUCCACAAGUGAUUUAGAUCUGGCCCACUGCCUGCAAGCUAAGAAUGGUUUUACAUUUCUGAAUGGUAGAAAAAUUAAAGAAUAUCUUGUGACAUAUGAAAAUUAUAUGAUAUUCAAACUUAAGUUUCUAUAAAUACAAAUUUUAUUACAACACUAAUACAAAAACAAAGCAAAAAACAUUCGUACCUGUUUUGCCUGUGGCUGCCUUCACAUUACAGUAGCAGAGGUGAGUGUUAUGAAGAAGACCACAUGCCUCACAGAGCCUAAGAUAGUUACUAUCUGGUGCUUUACAAAUUUAAGUUUUCUUAGAGCUGAAAACGUCACAGCCAAUGUAAAGGUAUACUUUUAUAUAUGGUAUGUGUUUCAGAAAUGAUGCAUAUAGCAAUCUGUGGGUAGGUGGGGGGUUUUCCAAUAUAUUUAAUUAUGUGCAUUAUAUGUUACAAGACUAAGCAUUAAAAUUUUUUUUCAAAUGUGUUUUACCUGCUGGGCUGUCGUAACAUCGAAGCAAAUUUCCUGAUGGAAUGUAGCAGUAAAUUAUGAAAUAAACAUUGUCUAAAUUAAAUUAAUUGAUCCCUAC